CUUGCUCCUUUUAACCUCAUGCCUUCGUGUGCUGCUCUGUUACACGUGCGACAGUACCUCCGCUAACUUCUGGGCCGAUGGCUUCCUUCACUGUAUGGCAAAACGCGUUAUAGUAAGAACUUGUUACCAACCGUGAAGCACAUCGGCUGUGGCUGUGGUAAAGGAUGAAGUGCCUCCGACGGAGCUGGCAGUUGCCGUCACCCAGACUGGCGGGGGUUGCAGCAUCCCCUCGGACAUGGCGACGAGUAGCGCUCGCAGGUCCAAUCGCACCGCCACCCGCGACGCGGCCUUCUGGUUCCGGCGCACCGCUGUCUCUCAACGACAUCAUCGCGUUUGAGUCUCAACUUCCCAGUGUGGUAGCUCAAGAGACCAACCAGAAGCCAGAUGUGGACCAACUAAUCAGUCGAGCGUCCCGGGUGCUUCAGGAAGUGAACGACAUUCUUGCAGUGGAGGCGCCCCAACCGCAAACCUCCUCGCAAACCUUGAAACAGCAGCCACAGCCGCGGCCACCGCAACAGCAGCGGGACGCAAACGCGGCGACCGGCACCGCUGCAGGGGCAGGGGCGGCUUCGGAGCCGGGUGCCGUGUUGUUUGGAAGCAGCGCAGAGGUAUCAGAGCGGCAGGCGCUCCUCACUCGCCGGGCGCUGCAACGCACUCUGGAGGUACCUGCGACAGCGCCGCAGGCAGGCGGCCCGCCACCAUCAACGCAGCAACCGUCGGCUUCUCGGCCUUCUUCCUCCGCCGCUGGAUCUGCAUUCCCCUCCCCUUCUUCCUCUGUUGCUACUUCCGGCUCGGUACUGCGGGCACCGGGCGGUGGGAGCGCCAUGCAAGCAGCAGCAGUCGGGGCUAGCAGCAGCAGCAGUAGCAGCAGCAGCAACCGUGACCGUAGCAGCAGUCCUGAGAGAGCCAGUGGCGGAGUAACGACCGGGGCUCCUGGUGGUAGUGGGACACCCGCCAGCGACCAACCAGCCUGGACUCAGGCGCUGUUUUCAUCACCACCCUCCUCCUCAUCCUCCUCAUCCUUGCCUACACGCUCCUCCUCACCACCACCGGCCUCACCUGCAUCGCCACCAUCCUCAUCAUCCUCGUCAUCCUCAUCCUCAUCGCCAUUAUCACGCCCGCUGCAACCCUCAAGAGGCGCCACAGACGGCCCCAUGAGGUCACAGCCUGCUUCCUCCACUGCUCCUGCUCCUGCUUCGGCCCCCGCUCCUGCUCCUGUCCCCGCCGCGCUCCCCCGCCGGGCGCUGCCUGCAUGGGCGCCCCUGGCGUUCGCGGAGGCGGACCUGUCGGUUCCCUCGGAGCUGCGACUCAAGUCAGAGGAAUCCCUCUUUGCGGAACGCGCCCGGACCGCGGUGCUGCCGCCGCUACAGUCCGUGGUCGAGCUCACCUCGGCAGCUCGGCCGCCCUCUCAAGGACUAGGAAACCUGGAGCAGCAGGCGGAAACAGCAGCAGCAGGGACGGCGGUUGAGGAGGUGGGAGUGCCGGUUUCGGAGCAGGCUGCUGCAUUGGCCCGGCGGCUGGAGGACGGAGCGGGUCGGCUGGCGGAUGGAACGCGGUUUGAGAAGCUGAGCGGCACGGAUCGCGGGCCCGAUGGUUACGUGAAGCGCUGGGAGGUGCUGCGAGGAGUCACGGGGGACGGGCGAGUGCAGUGGGAGGAGUGCUGGUGGGAGGCCUCCAGCCGCUACGGGCUGCGCGAGUUGGGCGCCUUCAAGAAGGGCUGCUCGGAGGCUGGCGGCGCCUGGGUGGAGGAAUGGAAGGAGGUCAUGUACCCGCAAACCGACAACCUGCGACUGGUGAUCGAGCGAACCGCGCAUAAAUGGGCCCGAGACGACAACGCGGAUGAGUGGGAGGAGAAGUGGGGCGAGCGUUUCGAGGAGUCGGGGCGGGUGCACAAGUGGGCUGACAAGUGGGCCAAGGCGGGAAGCAACGUCUGGCAUGAGCGCUGGGGGGAAGACUACGACGGGCAGGGGGCUUGCCAGAAGUGGACGGAUAAGUGGGCCGAAAGGCUGUUGCCGGAGGGCGGUCAAGAGCAAUGGGGCGACAAGUGGACUGAGACGUUCGGGCAUGGCAGGGGCACAAAGCAUGGGGAGGUGUGGAGCAGCAGCAGCGGCGGGCAGCGCUACAACCGCUGGUGGAACGAGGAGCACUACGGUGACGGUCGCGUGCGGAAGUGGGGCAACAGCACGAGCGGGGAGUUCUGGGACACCACGGAGCAGGGGGACACCUACUAUAACCCUGUGCCGCACUUCGGGUUCCAGCACGCAGUGAGCCAUUCACCGCAACUGUGGGCCGUCCCGUUACCGCCGCCGGAAGAGAGUGAAGAUGGCGGCUUGGGGAUGGGCGUGGGCCGUUUAUAACGUACCGGUACACCGUAGCGGGGUGGGGUGAUCACUGAUCAGGGAUGUGAGGCGAGCGAGGGGUACAUGGGCCUCGCGCGAAUGCUGCGUGUUACGGUUGAGCAUGCGCUCCAGCAUUGUUGGAGGAGAAGAUAGGGGUUUGGCGCACCCUGGCUAGGCAGGCUGCUAAUAAGGAGUUUACGCCACCAAAUGUGGAUAGAGCUGACAAGCAUGGGAGGAUUACGACCGUUGCUAUGAGCUAGUCCAUUUGCAGGACAGGUCCUGUAAGGUGUACAAGAAGA